UAUUGAAAAUAAACGGAUUAUUAUGAACAUAAAAUAUAAAUAAGCCUUGAAAAACAGUGUCGUAAACGUUGGCUUAACAGAAACACAAUUGUCAAAUCGGAGAUAUUAAGGAAACCCAUAGACGAAAAGCCAAAAGGAUAUUUUCGCUGSAGAAAAACAUCAGAGCCGUCGCGGAAGAGCUGUAAGAAUAAAAAUAUAAGCGUGCCGGCGGGGCGGGACUUUGCGGUGUUUCGGGGGGAGGAGCCAGCCCCAUCGCCGCGCCCGUCGCCGCGGGUCGGGCGCGAGAGACUCGUCGUCGCCGUCCGGGCGAUGUUGUAGACGCAUAACCGACGGCAGUAACGAUGAGUUUGCCCAGCGGUGUGGACAUGACCGCUGCCCUCAUGUCGCAGCAUCCCGCACUCGGAGGACUGUCUCCCGCGUUCUUCUUGCAGCGAGCUUCCGAGCGGUACCAGCGGACGCCCAAGUGUGCCCGGUGCAGGAACCAUGGAGUCGUGUCAGCCCUGAAAGGACAUAAACGAUACUGUCGUUGGAGAGAUUGUGCCUGCGCAAAAUGUACAUUGAUAGCAGAAAGACAGAGAGUUAUGGCUGCCCAAGUAGCUCUACGGCGGCAACAAGCUCAAGAGGAAAACGAGGCCAGGGAACUGGGAUUGAUAUAUCCACCACCAUCGUCGUCGUCGUCAGCUGCUGCUAGAUCAAGUCCAGACGAAAAAAGAGCGCGCCUCAGUUCGGAGGAGUCCAUUAAUGCAAAACACGACCAAACGAUCAGCACACAAGAUCAGGACACACGAAGUCGCUCGUCCAGCGUGUCGCCGAACGCCCCGACCCAAGUAACGUCCACACAGUUUGCCGCCAAAUUCAACAGUCCGACGAGGUCGGAGGUGGAGAGCAACGAAAGCAGCAACGAAGCUGCCCCGGAAAACCUGUCCCUGCCCAAACGGAGAGACUCCAGUUCGCCGACCGAACCCGACCGUUCCCGAUUGCCGUCGAACUAUCCAAAUUUUUCCAGUUUUCUGGAAUCAAGCGCCGCGGCCGCCGCAGCCGCAGCCGCAGGAGUCAACUCCGCCGGACGGUCGGCCGUUGAUGUGCUCAGGCGCGUUUUUCCGUACAAGAGACGAGUGGAUAUCGAGAACGUGCUUCAAAGGUGCAACGGCGAUGUACUGCACGCGAUCGAACUCAUGAUGUGUUCGUCGGAUCAGCUGCCGACUUUGGGUCAUCCGUCGCUCAUGGACUCGCAUUCGGCGUUCUCACCCAUGUCAGCAGCCGCGGCCACAGUGUGCACGGCCGCGGCGGCGAUGACAUCGUUCCACCAUCACCACCACCACCAGCAACAGCAACAGCAGCAGCAGCAACAGCAGACACCGCGUUUUCUCACCGCACCUAUUCACCACUAUCUACAGCCGCAAUUGCACCACCUCACCACCGUUCACCCGCACGCCAUGACCUACCAAUCGCACCACCUGAACCAGGCCGCGACGUCACCCCGGUCACCAUCACCAGGUUCUGACAAGACGUCGUACUCGGAUUGAUGAAAAACGAGUCGCAGCGCCGCACCCGCACCCACACGCACAUCCGUUCAUCCAUCCGUCUAUAUCCUUCCGGCCAUCCAUCGAUCCAUCCGCACCGACGCAUAGAGCAACGGUAAUAUGAUAAUUACGAGGCUUUACGUUUAAAAAAUAAAAAAUAUAGUAAGUUGGAAAUUGACCUAUCCCUGCUUCAUUAUUCUGUUCAUCCUCUUCCUCGUCCUCCUCCUACUUCUCCUCCUUCUCAACAUCGGUGCAUAUAUAACGUCAUACAAUAAUGUACAGAUCAUUUGUCAUUUCAUUUGAAUUAACGAUAUUUGUGUAUUUGCGAAAUUAAUAAGUUGUUUAAUAUCGGGUGUGUAUUAUUAUAAUAUUAUAUAAUUCGAGUGUCUAGACGGYGCGUAUUAAACGACGAGCUGCUGAAGGGGGUUGAACGCGAGCGAUUAUAUAUGCUUAUGAGUUGUUCGAGUAUCGUGUAAAAACAAUUACGAUUUUUGAAUUUCAACACGACRUGCAGAUCUUUCUCGAGUACCUACUUAUAUAUAUAAUAUAUAUAGAUUACAGUA